GGGCUGAAGCAGCUGAGCAGGCAGAGUUCGAGCAGGGAGCUGCUCGCAGAGGAGAGGGAGAGAGGAGGAGACCACAGGACUGGGCAAGGAAGGAAGGAAGGAAGGAAAGAAGGAAGGAAGGAGGAACAAACGUCUUCUCCCAGGAUCUCCAGGCUCCGCGGAUCCGCAGCAGAACCAGGCCGUCUAAGAAACAGGAUGUUAAUGCUUGACGGAAUGCCUGCAGUCCGAGUCAAAGCCGAGCCCCUGGAAUCAGAACAAGGGUCACCCAAAGUGCGCCGUUAUUCUGCGAUGGACGGCGUCCCCUUCUUCCUCAGCAGAGUGAAAGCCGAGCCGCCGGAGGACCUGCUAGCGCACGACCUGCACUUCCACACGCAGACCGAACCCGUGGACCUGUCAAUCAACAAGCCCCGCCCAUCCUCCUCCUCCUCCUCCUGCACGCCGGCCGCCACCUCGUCGGCCUCGUCCCCGCUCCGCUCCGCCUUCUCCCCGUCCUCCCUGUCGUCCUCCCUGUCGUCCUCCCUGUCGUCGUCCUCCUCCUCGUCCUCGUCCUCCCCGUCGGUCAUCACCUCGGCCUCGUCGGUGCUCACGCCCGGGAGAGGGGUCAGAGGUCAGCCGUAUUUGCACAUCCUGCAGUCGGUGCCGCCGCCUCCGUCCAGCCCUCUCGGCCUGCGAGGCGGAGCGGGGAAGCUCUCCGGCCACGUGCACCGCAUCCCAGUGGUGGUGCAGUCUCUGCCGCUCAUGUACACCACGGCCGUUCGAUCCCCCUCCAGCCUCAGCAGCGCCAUCAUGCUACCUCUGCUGGAAGAGGCCAAAGGCCAGGGCAAAGCACACACAGACCCCAACGGCCUCUCGCCAAGGCAGAUCAAGAGUGACAGCGACGACGACGACCUGCCAAACGUGACCCUGGACAGCGUUAACGAGACGGGCUCCACGGCGCUGUCUAUAGCACGGGCUGUACAAGACUCCAUGUCUCCGUUCAGCAUCGACAGCAUCCGACGCCCCCGCAGGUCAGAGUCGCCGGACUCCAAGAAGAGGAGAAUCCACAGAUGUGACUUCGAGGGCUGCAAUAAAGUAUACACCAAAAGCUCACAUUUAAAAGCACACCGGAGGACGCACACAGGGGAAAAGCCAUACAAGUGCAACUGGGACGGUUGCACCUGGAAGUUCGCCCGCUCCGACGAGCUGACCCGGCACUACCGGAAACACACGGGCGUCAAGCCCUUCAAGUGCGCGGACUGCGACCGCAGCUUCUCCAGAUCCGACCACUUGGCCCUGCACCGGCGGAGACACAUGCUGGUGUGACGCGGCGCAUGCACACACACCCACACACCCACAUAGACACACACACACCUGCACACACACCUGCACACACACACAGCCGAGGGAGCAGGAUCUCCUUCUGAAUGUUUAUCAGCCGGACUGGAUCCACACACACUCACACACACUCUCACACACACACAUGCGUACACUCAGCCCUCCGUGAGAAGAGGAGGCGGAGAAGUCGGACAGCAGAAGAAGCACAGAGUCCACAGUCCAGAACCGGGUCCCUUCUGGACCCAGAACCGGGUCCCUUCUGGACCCCCUUCGGGUUGGAAGGAAGAGACGGCAGGAUCUUUUAUUGUUUGAUAGGGAACUGUCUUUAACGGCACUGUUUGUUAAUGUUUUACUUUUGAUUUUUAAGAAGAAAGUCGCACUCUUUAUCGGACAGAGAACACAAAUAUAAAUAUAUAUGUAUACAUACGGUAUAUGUAUAUGUAUAUAUAUAUCCAGCAACUGCUUUUUCUUUGGUUAUUGUUCAAACAGCUGCUUUUUCCAGCAUUCAUAAUGUGAAAGAUCCCAUUGUUUGGAUUUCCUGAGAGCACAGGAAGGAGUUUGGACCUGGAAGCGGAUCACAAGUCAAGGACUUUUACAGUCGGAUUACAGUAUUGUUUUGGGGUCGGUUUUCCCUGCGAUGUCUGCAUUUGGCCAGCAGAGGGAGCCGUUGAGUCGCCGACGGCCUCCUCAUCCCUCCUCCUGCUGAUGGAGCAUCUAUUUCCCACCGGAGCUGAGAGGGCUGGACUUUCACUCUCACCGACAGUAGAGAUGCACCGAUCAGGAUUUUGAGGGCUGAUCACCGAUAAACGAUCUCCAAAAUCAGUAUCUGCCGAUCACCGAUCACCGCGUGAAAUCCAUAAUUUCUUCAAUAGUGUUGUCUCAUGUACACAACACUGACAUUUGCAUUAUUAGGUAUAAAAAUUAGGAUCUGAGCAGCUAACGACGCGUUUAAACUCGACGUCUUCUACAACAGAAAGCGGCUGAUGAGCAAAGCAUAUGAAUCCAUUACAUUACGAUGUAGUUCUUUAUUUUUCUUGCCGUCGUUUAUACUGUAGGUCUCUGUUACGUUCAGCGGAGUUAGCGGCGUUGCUCCUUUUCUGUCUCUGCCUUAGUGGCAGCCAACCUUGACAAAUCAAUAUACUCCUUGAUGUGAGAAACUUUCAAAUGUCUUAUCACACUGCAAAAACUCAAAGUCUUACCAGGAAUAUUUGACUUAUUUCUAGUUCAAA